CUCCUACAGCCAUGGAGCCUCGAGCCGUUGCUCUCUUCUCCCUGGCGUUGGUCGGAUUUCUGGAGCAACGUUUGUGUUUGGGAAACGAGCGGGAAAUCAAGUGCAAAGCACAGUCCGCGAGUGAACCUCCCUCGGAAUGGGAACGGCCACACAGCAGAACCCCAUCUGACCUCUCCAGCCUCAAGGUUGAGCUCAUCUCUGCCGGAGACCAUCAGCAUCCCCUGUUAAACAUCAGCUGGAACCUAAGUCCCGACGGAAGCAUCCAGGAGCUGAUCGCCACAAUGAUUUGCAUACAGAGCCCAUGGGAAUAUGUCUGUUUUCGGUGCAACUACAGCAAGCGGUUCAAGAGCGAAGUAGUCCAGGGGAAACCAUGGUUAUUCUAUUACGCUGAACAUCCAGCCAGCCCGGAGACCUCGUACCUCUUCACAGCUUUCAACAUCCCACCCCCCAAUAUCGGGGAGGAUUUGCCAGAACAAGCCUUGCAACUGAAAACACCAGGUUGCGAGAACAAUUUGAUGAAGAAUUUAAAAUAUUGCCAAGAUGAUGUGGAUGUUUUGUGGAAGCCAAACAUUUCGUUGUGCUUGAUUAACAAUAAUGUGAUGGAGAUCAACUUUACGACUCAUGAACAAUCGUCCAGGUAUGCUGUGUAUCUGGUCAAUAAUGCAUCCAAGCAAGAUAUAGACACCACUACUAUUCCUUGGUCCAACAAUUCAAGAGUCACUGUGAGGUUUGAGGGAAGCUACCCAGAGACACUUUACGUCGAGAUCGAUCCGCGCUUCCCGUCGUGCCUCAACGACUGCACUCAACACCGCAAAUUUCUCAACUGCUUCAUCACAAGAGCCAGUCAAGAAUUUGUUCCGUUUCCAUUGAUCUCUGAGACGAGGCAACUGACUUGGAUGUUUGUGGCCCUGUCGUUGGUGGUUCUGGGUUUGAUGUUGGGUGCCCCACUGUUCAUUAAACGUGCCAACGCCAGGAUGUGGGCAUUGCCUCUGGUUGCCGAGUGGAUGCCCCCCGUGUCGGUGCUGCUGAUCUACUCCCUGGACGAUGAUCCGCGGCAGAAGCCGGUGGUGCUGAGCUUCGCCGAGUUCCUGCAGAGCGUGUGCGGAGCCGAGGUGAUGGUGGACAUGUGGCAGACGCGGAAGGUGGCGCAGAUGGGGCCCCUGGCCUGGCUGGCGUCCUGCAAGGAGACUGCGGACAAGGUGGUAGUCCUGUGCUCGGGGGGCACCGGGGCCCGGUGGAAGGCCUCUUGCCGCGAGCCAGACUCCGUCCUGACUCCCCCCGGCCCGGGGGCGGGAGCGGAGCGAGAGGAACUGUUCACCGCCGCCGUCAACUUGCUGUGCCACGAGCUGCAAGACCCCCGCGCAGCCCGCAAGGUCGUGGUGGUCUACCUGGCCGACUUGGGCUCAGCAGAGGAUGUCCCGGGGGUCUUCAGCCCCUGCGCCAAGUAUUGCCUGGACAAGGACAUCGAGGCCUUUUACAGAGACCUCUACGACCUGCCCCCGCGCAGGGACGGGGAGAGCAGCGCCCUGUUACAGCACAAGCAGCUCCUGUACCGGCAGACGAUGAGUCGAGCGCUAUCCCAGUUCACAGCAUGUCCCACCCCAACCCCACCCCUGUCAAGACCUAAUUGCCAGCGCCGCCUUUGCUGUCGGUCUUUAGACACGUCCCGUUUGUCCGAUGUUAUUGCUUGCGAGUCGAUGCGAGCGGAAGAACUGCGAGCGAUUCGUGGAAGAAAUGCGAGCGAUUCGUGGAAGAAAUGCGAGCGAUUCAUGCGGAAAGGAGGGGGCCAGCCAGGCAGGAAGCCGGAGCUGGUCGAGCGGAGGCGAGGCAACGGGGUAGUGGGUUUGGAGGAGUAA